AUGAGUGACCCCAACAACCCUCAUAUUAAAAACCGCACCACGCCCCAAUGGGGUCUCUACCAGCGAGAGAACUUCUUGAAGCAGAAUGAGGGACAGGCACCCCUGUUCAACACUGACCCCCGAAAACUAGAAGAAAGAGCCAAAGAAAAGCUCAGCGAAGGCGGCUGGUUCUACGCCUCCUCAAACGCAGGCCUCUCAAACACACACCUAACAAACCGCCAAUCCUUCUAUCGCCACCGCCUAAUCCCAAACCAACUAGUCGACACCAACAACCGAGACACAUCCACGGACAUCUUCAACCACAAAGUCUCCGCGCCCAUCGGCUUCGCUCCAAUAGGAAUAAACAAAAUCUACCACCCGUCCGGCGAAAGCGCCGUCUCAAAAGUCGCCGGCGAACUCAACCUCCCCUACUGCCUUUCCACAGCGGGGAGCACCUCAAUCGAAGAUGUGGCGGAAGCAAAUGGAACCGGCAGCCCGCGGUUCUAUCAACUAUACAUGCCGCACGAUGAUGAACUGACACUGUCACUCUUGACACGAGCCUGGGAAUCGGGCUUCGAUGCCCUGAUUCUCACGACGGAUACGUGGCAACUAGGCUGGAGACAUGAUGAUGUCGCCUCAUCGAAUUACGCCUUUUACCGUGGUUUCGGCGCAGAUUUAGGACUAUCCGACCCCGUAUUCCGGAAACGGUGCAAGGAAAGCGGGAUUGAUCCCGAUGUCGAUGUUGUCGGCGCAUCCAUCAAAUGGAUUGAUUCCGUCUGGCAUGGGCGUGCUUGGUCAUGGGACAAGAUCCCUUGGUUGAUGGAGCAGUGGAAGCGGAUUAGCGGUGGACGGCCGUUUGCUAUUAAGGGGGAUUCAGUUGAUGGGGCUAUUGCUAGUCUUGAUGCUCUUGAGAGCAUUGUUGAUGCUGUUGGGAAGAAGAUUUAUGUUAUGUUUGAUUCUGGGGUUAGGGGCGCCAGUGACGUUGUUAAGGCUUUGGCGCUUGGAGCAAGGUUUGUUUUUGUUGGACGGUUGUGGAUUUGGGGGUUGAGUAUUGCUGGGGAGGAGGGCGUCAGGCAUGUUAUGAAGUCUUUGUUGGCGGAUUUGGAUAUUCUUAUGGGGGUUGCUGGGUUCAAUGGGGUUGGGGAUUUUGAUCGGUCGAUUCUUGAGUCUGGUCCCAAGAAUUACUCGUUGAUUCCGCACAAGAGUCUGUGA